AUGAUAAUAUAAAAAAAUUUGAAAAAUAUAGUGUUAUUAAUUCGGUGUAUUCAAUUUAGACACAAAUAGAGUAAGACUACUUUACAAUGACCAGCCCUACAGACUAGCCUAUUUGGUAAUCGAAGAGUUUCCAUGCUAUUUGUAUCUUUACUUAACGGAUAAAUUUAUUUUAUUAUUUAUCGAAAAUAACGACGUAAUCAAGGAGGUAGUAUCUCAAGUCGAGUAUGUCGCAUCGUGAUUCGUGAAUGUGAAAACACCAACAAAGGAAAAGGCAGAGCUAAGAAAACCACUCGAAAAGACAAAAAACAAUCCCCUAAAGCAAAGCAGGGUUCAAAUUCAAGAAAAGCCUACCAUUUUCUUGAUGGCUACCAUUGAUGAAGAAAUCUCAAUAAAGAAGCGAAGCAGAGCAGGGUUUUCAAAGGAUAUCGAGAUCGUUGACAUUGAAAGGGAUUCGUUUUGUUUUACACCCAUCAAAGACAAAGGCAACUCCAAGACUAACGCGAUCUCUGUCGAACAAUACAGUGAAGAAAGGGACCUUCAACUUGCCAUCAAGCUUUCCACCAUAACUUCCGAUACUAACUUCAUCGAUCUCGACAACUACGAUGAUGGUUUGUUCUUACUUAAUUUCCAGCCCCCAAAGACAGAUUUCGGUAAAAAACGAGAAAAAACAAAGAAACCCUUCUCUCAUCUUUCCGUUACUGAACCAGGAGAGUCAUCAAACUGCAAAACUAACCAAAACCCAUCUUUUACCUGCGAAAUCUGCAUCGAACCCAAGCAACCUAACGAGUCGUUCAACAUCAAAGGCUGUUCUCACGCUUACUGUACAGAUUGCAUGAUCAAAUACGUGGCGUCUAAACUUCAAGACAAGAUUACGGUUAUAAGUUGUCCCGUUGAAAACUGUGAGGGUUUAUUAGAACCUGAGUACUGUCGCAAUAUACUCCCUAAAGAAGUUUUUGAUAGGUGGGGGGAUGCUUUAUGCGAGGCCAUGGUUUUAGGGCUUCAAAGUUUUUAUUGUCCUUACAAAGAUUGUUCCAUGCUUUUGAUCGAUGAUGGAGAAGAGGCCGUGAAGGAAUCGGAAUGCCCGAAUUGUAGGAGACUUUUCUGUGCGCAAUGUAAAGUUCCAUGGCAUGCUGAGCUUGAAUGUGGGGAAUUUCAAAGGUUGCAUAAAGAUGAAAGAGAAAAGGAAGAUAUUAUGUUGAUGAAGCUUGCUAAAGAAAAGAAGUGGGCUAGGUGCCCAAACUGUAGAUUCGUCGUUGAGAGAACCCAGGGCUGUAGGUUCAUGAGAUGCAGGUGUGGAGGUGCCUUCUGCUACGACUGUGGAACAACCCAAGUGGAUAAUCAUCAUCAUUAUUGCUACAAUUGUAAACGUUAAUAUUCCUUGUGUAUAUAUGCUUCCUUCUGCAGAGUAUUCUCUUUGUUAAACUAAUCAUAUUUCUGACAAUGGUUUUUGUUUAUUAUAUAAUUUUAAUAUAUG